AUGGGCAUCCUUCGCCUUCGCCCCCGACGAGCCGCAUUAACGCAAACGAUUCCACUGAGACCUUCACAGCCUCCAACACACAGUGCGAGUGGAGUGAGAAUAUCUCGGCUUCAACACCACCGACACGGCUCUCGCGAUUGCGACGUCGGGUACAGAGAAAAUACCUACGACAGCGCCAGUGAAAGCUCAGGCGAUGAAUCUUGUUGCGAGGGCAAGUCGACGCAAUGGAAAAAUAGUACAUUGCUUUAUGACCCCAGGGUUCAAAUUGCGAGAGAGCAUUUACUACCAGUAGCUCGUGCAGGGCUUUAUGAAUUCCUCUCCCAAGCAUACACCGAGGCGCCUCACCACGAACAAAGACGACAUGAAUGGCGAAAUGAAAACGGAUGGGAGCUUCCAAUGAACGUUUACAUAAGUUGCGAUAACCAGGGCCGCGCUAUUGACGAUGGAUCCUUUGUUAUUGUACCGCGGGUAGGAGGUCACUGUCGCUACCAAUGUCCCUUCCACGCUUCAAACCCAAAGAAAUAUCCUGCAUGUCUGAUUGACCACGAACUUCACUCAAUCAAGAGUGUAAAGCGGCAUGUAAAGCGGCACCACGCUAGGCCGCCCUACUGCCCCAGGUGCUCAAAGACUUUUGGCAACGUGUCGAAAUGCGACAGGCAUAUACUGGAGAAAAGAUGCAGAACCGAGUCUCUCAGGAUACCAGACGGUAUCAAUUUCUACCAGAGAGGCAAAAUUUCCAAGAAAGAUAAUCCCCAACUAUCUGAUGAGCGUCGCUGGGAACGCAUGUACAAGAUCAUCUUUCCGGGGGCUGAAAGUUGUCCCUCUCCAUAUCUCGAUAGCGGAGUUGGGCUGGUUGUGUCGAUGGCGCGAGACUUUUGGAGAAUGCGUGGAACAGAGGUGAUAUCAGAGUUUUUGGCAGGCCAGAAUUGGCAGCCAUUUGGCCAUGGAGAUGCUCAUACUGUACUGUAUGAGCUGGUGAUAUUCGAUCUCAUCUCACAGGUCGUGAAGGAGGCCUGA